AUGUUCAAAAAAAAAUUAUCAAAGCCAGUCAAAAAGCCAGUCGAAGUCAAUCAAAGACAUUUGAUCGACAAAAUUUUGGCUCGAUAUUCUACUGAAUUCGUAAUAUAUCGGGAAUUAAUGCAAAAUUCUAGUAAUCUUCAAUUAAUUGUUCGACCCCUUGAUUGGAAAAGGAUUACAAAUAUUGCUGUUGGAAAUCCCGGUGAACAAAAAAUAGGGGCUUUCGGCGUCGGAUUUUAUUCAUUAUUUUCAAUUUGUGAAAAUCCAUCUGUAAUGUCUGGUGGAAAAAUGAUGAGCUUCGAUUGGGAAGGUGAUAAAUUAAACUAUAUACAAUCUGAUGACAAAAGUGAAGGGAAUGAAGGGUGGACUAUAUUUGAAAUGGUUCUGAGAAAACCUGAUAAAUUUCCAAUUUUUGAAGAAUUUACACGGUUCUUGGCUGGUUCAUUAGCAUUUAUGAGUGCUCUUCAAGAAGUAUCUGUAUAUUUCAAUGAUACAAGGGUGAUAAAUUUGUCAAAGGAAUUGUCAGAUAUGAGCGAGAUAGAAAUUGCACCUGAAAUUAAUACUUAUUCUCCAAAUAAGAUGUUUCAGCUUACCAAGUUAGAAUAUAAAAAUAUUUAUAUGAAAGUGACGAGCCCAAAAGAGAAUUCAGAGCAACAAUCAUUAAUUACUGACUUUCAAGAAACUUCAAUGCUUCUUAAGGUUGCUAAUGGAAAUUUGAAAAUUACGGUCGCAGAUGAAUUUUCUAAAGAAAUGUUCCGAAUUAUCAAGAAGGAUUUGCCAAAUGAUACAAUUAUAGAUAUGAUGUUCACCGAAUUUCAAAAUUAUGAUAAACUUAUUCCUUCUAUUUUUAAAGAUUUACUUCCAUACCCGGAACAAGGAAAAAUAUAUAUUGGCUUUUCAACCCACCAAACAACAGGAUGUUGCUUAAAUUUGUCAGCUUAUUUGGUUCCUAGUGUAGAGCGUGAAUCAAUUGAUUUGGUAAACAAAACUUUGAAAGAGUAUAAUGAGGGAAUAUUAUAUUUGGCAGGAGUACUGUGUAGAAUUUUAUAUGAGAAUGAAAUGAGUGAAAUAAAAAAGCUUUAUGAGAUGAUCGGCAAAGAUAACGUCGAAUGCGAGCGGCUUGAAAACCAUGCUGCACAUGUCUUAAGAUAUUUCACGUUCAAUAAAAGUACACCAAAAAUAUCUGUUAGUGAUAUCAUCGAGAACCAAUUUUUCGAUUGUUCAAAACAAAGAUUGCCGAUUCUGUCAACGUGCGGCAUACUUCCAAUAACUGACGUACGAAUGCCUAAUUCAAAAAUGGAAGGUUUCAUAAAAACCAUUCCAAUUGUUUCAAAAUUUGUAUUUGAACAAUGUAAGCCUUUUUUUGAAAAAGCAAAGAAUAUAAAGAAAAUUAUAAAAGAUCUAUCUUUUCAAGAUGUUUUACUUGAAUUAAAAAAUAGACCGCUAUUCGAAAUUGAAAUGACUGCACUUCUGAAAUGGUUGAUAUCUUAUAAGUCGAAGGAAACUAACAACAUUACACCGGAGGAAUUUGCAAAGUUUAUGGAGUUGGCUAGUUUUCUCAUUGAAGAUAAAAUUCGUCGCUUGAAUACGAUACGUUAUGUUAUAGAUUCGAGUUUGUUACUUCCGGAUACGGAAGUUCCUGAUUACGUUUUGCCGUAUAAUAUUUCCAAAGAUCUUAACGAUUCUGAGAUUAAUGAAUGUUUUGGAUGGGUUAAUCUACCUUUGGUUUAUUGGGCUAGGUUUAUUGUCGAUCAUCCAGAUUUGGAAUCUGAACCUAAUUUUGCUGAAAAUGUUCAUAUAAUUUUAGCAAGCCGUCUAAAAAAGAUGUCCCAAGACGACAAGAAAAUAGUUAAAGAUUUGUUAAUUUGUAAGAGAUGUAUUCCAACAACAGAAGGCAUGAAAAAACCUGAUGAAGCUUAUUUAGAAACCGUUGAUUUAUUUCCUGAUAUACCAACGAUUAAAUUUAAAAACGACUUUAAUUUCCAAGAAUUAAUGAAUCUCCUUGAUGUUAAUAAAGUUAUUAAAAUAAAAUAUAUUGAUUAUUAUAUUUCAAAUGAAGAGUAUUAUGAUCCGUUGCAAAUUGCAAAAUAUUUUGGUUCAUCAUUAAGCAAUCUCGAAGAAAGUUAUUUGGAAGAAUUAAAGGCUAAAGAAAUUUGGUUUGCAAAUGGGACAGGAAAUCUUCCGAAUAAUAAAGCCCAGCGGUUUGUUGCGAGUGAUUUAUAUAUACCACUAGAUUUAUAUCGUGAAUUUGGUUUACCUAUUAUUAACUGGACAGGAAAUUGGGAUCAUAAUUCUGAUGAAGCUAAAUUCUUAAUCAAGUUGGGUUUAAUGGAAUAUCCAACUCUUUCAAAGAUUCUUGUACUCUGUACACCAUCAUCUGAAAGAGAAAUUCGUUAUAAGGCUCUCGAAUAUUUUAUUAAAAAUUUUGAGAAUAAAUAUUUUGAUGAGUAUCAAGCAGAUGAAAUAAAUAUUUCGUUCCUGCCUUGUUCCGAACAAGAUAGAUAUGCCAAACCUUCAGAAUGUUAUAUCAAUCCUGAUUGCGCGGUAAUGGGAUUUAAUGUGAUACACCAAAAAUAUCGAUUUCGAGCUGAAAAACUUGGUUUAAAGCAUCAUCCUGAUCAAAACAAACUUAUUGAAAUGUUAACUAAGUAUUUACCACAAUCUGAAGGAAAAGCGAAGGAAAUGUUUGAAUAUUUAGAAACAAGGAAAGAUGGAUUUGUUAAACUCGAAUGGGACUUCCUAAAUGGUUAUGAGUUCAUUCCCACACGUAAUAAAGAUCACCCUGAUAUUAUUAUUCAUAAAAGUCCACCUGAAUGCUUUUUUAAGAGUCAAGGAAAAAUAGAAGAUAUGGAUGAAAUGUUUGAUCAAUUCCUUUCAUUCAUAGAUUUUGGGGAGAAAGCCAAUAAAUUUUUACAAAAAUGUGGUGUCGAAAGAACUCCAUCAGCGGUAACAAUUGCUAAUUUGUUGGUAAAUUCGUCACUUGAAAUUUGGAGGUCGGUCGAUAAUAAUAUAGAAAAAUAUAAAAAUAUUUUGAAGAAACUUUCCGAUGAUUUUAAUACCAUAGAAAAAGACAAAGAUCUAUUUAAAGAGAUGAGAGAGAAGCCAGUUUUAUUAGGUGUAUUAGAAGGAGAUAAAGGAAAACAGUAUGAAUUAAAUACUGUUGAGAAUAUUUAUAUAAAUGACGACACAACAUAUAUGGAAACUUAUUGUGAUCUUUUAUUAACAAUUCCAAAAGAUUUCCCUAAAUCUUUUUAUAAAUAUUUGGGAUGUAAAUCAUUGAAUGAUUCUAUUGAAGAGGAAGUUGAAAUAUCAGACUUGACUCGAGAAACGAAAGAAUCUAAAGAGUUACAAGAAAAGCUCAAUGAAAGAGCUCAUUUGUUCUACAUUGAUCAUCCUAAAUAUGUUAUUAAAAAAGAUGAAGAAUGCCUUAGAAAUAUUAAAGUAGUAGAGACAAAUAGAAUUGAAAUAAAACUUUUAUUAAAAGCCAAAAAUCUUAAAAAAUCAAAGUCUAUAUCUGCAUAUAUUCAUGAAAAUAAAGAAAUGAAAAUAUUUACGCUUUAUUUGACAUCGAAGCAAGAUUAUCAUGAUAUUGCAAGAAGUCUAGUCAAAUUCAUUUAUAAAUCACAUAAAUCAAUAGAUAUUAAUUAUUUGUAUAUGAUACUAAAUGCACUAAAUGUUAAAGAUUUAAAAUGUCUUGAAAAUGUAAGUCCUAAACAAGAUGUUAUUUCUGAAGAAGAGCAAGAAAAUUAUUUGAAAGAAAAUGACUCAAAACAAGAAAAUCCUAAAUCAGAAGAUUUAUUUAAAUCACUAAAAGCAAUGUUUGCGGACUGUGAAGACUAUUAUAUUCACCAAUGUUUAGAACAAGCAGAUGAUGAUAAACUAAUAAAUGCUGAAAAUCAACUGAUGGAAGGGAAUUACCCAAAAAUUAAGAUCCCAGUUGAUACCUAUCCCUAUGACCCACCGGUUACUGUUAAAACUGGAAAAACCUUUAUGAAUGUAAUUCAAAUUACUCGUUAUAACUUGGGAAGUUAUUUGAGUAGUAAACAAAUAGUUUAUUGUAAAACCAUUGAAGAAGGUCAUUCAGAUCGUUCAUUACAAUUUGAGAAAUUUUUAGACGGAAUAGAAUUUUAUAUUCCAAAAGAUAUGAAAGAUAAAUCUGCGAUAACUUCAAAUCAAUCAUUAAAGCCAUUUGCCAAUUUAUUAAAGGACCUUAUUGAAGUUUUUGAAUGCCCGCCAAAGUUUAUUCAUGCCUUUUAUGAUAAUUCUAACCUAAUAACAUACAACGAGGGUAGUGCACUAUUCUUUAAUUUCAAAAUUUAUAUCGAUUUGUAUAAAGCUGAUCCAAAGUUUGAUGCAAAGACAUACUGGUAUAUGGUGAUCUGUCAUGCCUUAGCACACAAAUUUGUUGAAGGCCAUAAUUCUGAAUAUCAAUACCAUUUUUCAUCUCUUGUGACAAAAUAUAUGAAAAGUUUAGUUAAGAAAAUGAUCUAG